AUUUGCUUGUUAGCAAACAUAACCUCAAAAUACAGACGAACUUAACCUAUUCACGUGUUUUUAAAUUCAAACAAAAGUUCAGUUUUAUUUUUUAUUAACAAGAAAUUUUAUCCAAAACAACAUUAUUCAAAAGUUCUUCAGGUAUGAUACUCAUCUUAUAUGUGUGAGAAUUCUUCGUUCAGCGAAACUGUUUGGUUUUAAAAACCUAUAAAUUACGUUUUCAAAUUGUAAUUUUUAGUGGAGUGUAUGCAAUGGAUAAACGAGUAAAAUCGACUAUCAAUAAACUUCACACUAAAGUGGAACUGCUAAAGGAGAUUCUAGAAAAGUCAGAUUCAUUGAACUUUGAUAAUGAUGAGGACGCUUUGGCAAAGAAAGUUAGUCACGACCUUUUCAAAUCGUUUACAGUGACAUCUCUUUUCUACGCCUAUCUUAAGACUCAGGGAAUUGAUCCCAACGAACAUCCCGUAAAACAAGAACUUGAUAGAAUUAAAACUUAUAUUGCCAAAUCAAAAGUGAUUCAUGACAGGAAAUUCCGUCCCAAGGUAGACCAAGGUGCAUCAAAAAGGUUUGUUAAGCAUUCUUUGUGGCAACCUAAAAAUAAGGAAGACUCUCAAAAUGUAAAGUCUGUUGAAGAAAAUAGUCAUCAGAAUUUGAACUCUAGUGUCAACGAUAAUCAAAUGGACUGUGCAUAGAAUAAUGGAAAUCUCAUGAGUCAUGAGUGGUAAUUUUUCAACUAUGAACUGAAACUUCAAUUUUGAAUUCUUGAACCUUUAAAUAGGUUUAUAGACCUAUAAUUUUUAACAUGAUUUAUUUGCAUUAAUGGAAUAAAUGCAAGCAUUAAUGAAAUAUUUAUCAAAUUUUAACUUCAGUUAAUUUAACUUUUGAUAAAGAUGUUACUUAAGCGUAGCAAGAAGCUAAUUUCUCUUCAAUGCAUAGACGUCUAAAAGUAAUGUCUAAUAGUAACUACUAACUUUACUUUUUAGUACGGUUAGUUAUGUUAAAAAUUAUUUAUUAUUCUAUUAAUCUUAUUUUGUCAAACAUUUGAUAUCUUCUUGACUCAAAUUUAUUAAACUUCAUUAAUUAUUAUAAA